CCCCCUCAGGAAGUCGGCUUUCCAUUGGCCAGUCCCGGUCACGUGAGCCCCUCCCUCCCCGCUCCCUCCCUCUGGGGGCUGGAAACCCCGGGAGGCAGCAACAGGUCUGGCGAAGACCCGGGGCGCGACCAGGUGGCAGUGACGCAGCUUCUGGGACCUCUGCAACUAUGGCUUCCUACCCAGGUUCUGACAAUAGCUGGGUGUUUGCCAGCUCCGAGAGCCUGCCCGUGGAGACCCUGGGCCCAGAGUCCAUGACGGGCCUGGAGUCCAUGAUGGACCCAGAAUCGGACAGAGCGUCCCAGGCCCUUGGGAGCCCCUCCAGGGCAGCUGCGGAGGAGUUAGCUGGGGCUGAGGAUGGAGGAGAGACCCUCUUGCAGAGCGAAGGCUCCCAGUCUGGUCCCAUUCUGCCAGAGAAGACUGAGGCCGAGGCUGUCCUGGAAGACGAUGGCUGCACCAGGGAGCCCUCUGGCCUGGGAGACACGCUGGUGCAGGGUGACGCAGAGGAGGCCCCUGUGGUGGCAGGCCUGGGACCAGACACAGAGGACCUGGAGGGUCAGAGCCCCCCACAGAGCCAGCCUUCAUCUCCUGAUGCAUCUUGGCCCAUGGAGGAGGCCGGCUGCUCCAGCAGUGAGGAUGACACCGAUGUGGAUGUGGAGGGUCUGCGGAGACGGCGGGGCCUAGAGCCUAGUGCUCCCCAGCCUGUGAGGCCCCUGGGUCUCGAUGGCCUGGCCAGAGGCGAGGGUGCAGGCGGGGAGCUGAGCAUCUCUGUCAACAUGUGCCUCCUUGGGGCCCUGGUUCUGCUGGGCCUGGGGAUCCUCCUCUUCUCCAGUGGGCUCUCAGAGUCGGACAGUGGGCCCGCAGAGGAAUUGCAGGUCCUCCCGGAUUCCCAGCUGGACACCGAGGUGCGGGUUGCUGUGGGGGACAGGCAGGAUGAGCUGAGGCAGCAUCUGCAGGCUGCUGCACCCUCUGCUGGCGUCCCCAGUCUGCAGAACAUGGCCCUCUUGUUGGACAGGCUGGCCAAGGAGAACCAGGAUAUCCGGUUGCUACAGGCCCAACUGCAGGCCCAGAAGGAAGAGCUGCAGAGCCUGAUGCAGCAGCCCAGGGCCCUAGAAGAGGAGAAUGCCCGCCUCCGGGGGGCUCUGCAGGACGGCGAGGCCUCCCAGCGUGCCCUUGAGUCAGAGCUGCAGCGGCUUCGGGCCCGGCUUCAGGGGCUGGAGGCUGACUGCACCCGGGGCCCAGAUGGCAUGUGUCUCGAUGGGGAUAGAGGCUCCCGGGGCAGUGGGCUCACUGGGGAGCCGAGCCCUGGCCUCCUGGAGCAGAAGGAGCGUCUGGAGGCCGAGGCCCAGGCCUUACGGCAGGAGCUGGAGAAGCAGCGCCGGCUGCUGGGGUCGGUGCAGCAGGACCUGGAGCGGAGCUUGAGGGGUGUGGGCCGGGGGGACGCCGCUCGUGCCAGCCUGACUGAGCUGGGCCACAGGCUGGUCCAGAAGCUACAGGGCAUGGAGAAAUGGAGUCAACACCCUUGGGUCAGUGCCAACACCUCAGAGGCCAGGCCCCAGGAGUCCCGCUUCCAGAGUGCCAGGGAGUGGAGUGGGAAGGAGAAGUGGCAGGAUGGGCAGGGGGGCUGGAGUGCUGAUCACUGGAAGCAGAAGAAGGAGGGGUCUGGCUGGGAGAGAAAGAAGAGCUGGCGGGGUGAGGAGGACAGGGAGCUGGCAGGGAGGUGGAAGGAGGGCAGGCUGAGGCUGGCGGGCUGGGGCGGCAAGAAGGACGGCAGGCAGCAGGGCCCCAAGGAGCCCCCUAGGAAAAGUGGGGGCCCUCACUCCUCUGUGGGGAGGCAGAAGCACCCUCAGUGGAAGGAAGGGGCUGAUGACGGGCAUGACCUUCCGCCACUGUGGGCAGAGCUGUCACGGCACAAGUACCGGGCACCCCAGGGCUGCUCGGGUGUGCGCGAGUGUGCCCGGCAGGAGGGUCUGGCCUUUGGUGUGGAGCUGGCCCCUGUGCAGCGACAGGAGCUGGCCUCUUUGCUAAGGACUUACCUGGCACGGCUGCCCUGGGCUGGGCAGCUGACAAAGGACUUGCCCCUCUCGCCUGCUUACUUUGGCGAGGAUGGCAUCUUCCGCCAUGACCGUCUCCGCUUCCGGGACUUCGUGGAUGCCUUGGAGGACAGCCUGGAAGAGGUGGCUGUGAGACAGACUGGUGAUGACGAUGAGGUGGAUGAUUUUGAGGGCUUCAUCUUCAGCCACUUCUUUGGAGACAAAUCACUGAAGAAGAGGUCAGGAAAGAAGGACAGACAGUUGCAGAGCCCAGGGAGGGGCUGAGGCCUGGUGUCCCCUCACCCCGGGAACCACUGAAUGGUCCUCUCCUCUGGCUCCUAUGAGAGCAGAAUCUCUCAGUGAUGCACUGAUGCCGCUUUUGCUAGAGAAAGGCCUUAGCUGGAUCUGCCUUGCUGGUUACUGCAUGCAGGCUCUGAUCCUGUCCUUGCGGGUGGGAAUUGUGAUUCUUCAGCCUCACAGCUUCCAUCCUCCUGUGUGUGUGCCCCACAGUGCCCCCCUGGUUUCAUGCACUGACCCAUGCCCCCUGGAAUGAGCCUAGACCUGCUGGCUGGAUGCCCAGGACCAGCGCUUUCCCAGGGGUUUUCUUAGAUUUGGACACAGCCACCCCCCAGGGGUGAAGUCCCCCUUUUACCCCUGCUUCUCCCAGGGCCCCCCUCCCUGUGUGAAUGGUAGGCUCCCACCCCUGUAAGAAGCUGUUGGAGUUUUGGUGUGGGGCUUGGACUCUCUCACGGGGGGGGGGGGGCUGUAUCUAAGCAUGGUACCCCCACACCCUCUUUGUCCUCCACAUCCCUCUCCCAGCCACCCUUGGGCCCUUGGGGCUGGAACUCCCCACUUGGUGGCGGCCACCUUGGGGCCCCUGGGAGAAGUAGAAAACGAACACGGGUUUUGGAGUGGGAGCCUCAGGCUCGCGGCAGGCCGAGUGAUGUUGGGCAGGUUAAUCCCUGGGAACUUUAGAUUUCUGAUCCUCAAAAUGGGGGAUUGGACGGCUGGGAAGAGCUGAAAUAAAGCACAGUGAGCACAGUG